AUGAAAACGAUUAUUCUUUUUAUACUUUUCUUGUUCGUUUCUAAGAUUGGUGCCUAUUCGAGCAAGGAUUUUGAGGAGGAUUCGUUGGUUAGAACAAAGAGACAGGGCGCUGGUAGAAAUGCUGGCAGAAUGCUGAGAGAGUUUUGGCACAAAAGAAAACAGAACAAAAGAACUCAAGGAAAAGGCUUGGGAAGAAAAGGACGAGGUCUUCCUCGACCGAAAUCUCCGCGUGUUCCAAAAUUCCCAACACCACAUCAUUGGAAA